AUGUUGAAACGGCAUAGAAAAGGUGGAGGAGGACGGCUGAAGGAGAAGCAACUUUCUCUGUUUCUCACCAACUACAUGAGGAUUUGUCGCCUGGGGUUUUGCAUGGCUGAAUGGACUUGAGUUUACUCCACAAUACGCAGUUGGAUAUUAUACCUAACCUGGGGCUGUUUGCUCUUUUUGGGGACCUUUUGUCGCUUGUGGACUUAACGCGUUUUGAUUUAAUGUGAGACUGAGAGGGGAGACGUGGAAGUAGGGCACAAUAUAAUCUCUAUUGAUUUACGUUGUCGCCAUGUCCAUGCUUCCGACGUUUGGUUUUACGCAGGAGCAAGUUGCGUGUGUUUGCGAAGUUCUCCAGCAAGGGGGGAACAUCGAGCGGCUGGGGCGCUUCCUCUGGUCCCUCCCGGCGUGCGAACACCUCCACAAAAAUGAGAGCGUCCUCAAAGCGAAAGCCGUGGUAGCGUUCCACCGGGGAAACUUCCGAGAGCUCUACAAGAUCCUGGAGAGCCACCAGUUCUCGCCGCACAACCACAUGAAGCUGCAGCAGCUGUGGCUCAAAGCGCACUACAUCGAGGCGGAGAAGUUGAGAGGCCGUCCGCUCGGCGCCGUGGGGAAGUACCGUGUCCGGAGAAAGUUCCCCCUGCCUCGCUCCAUCUGGGACGGAGAAGAGACGAGCUACUGCUUCAAGGAGAAGAGCAGGAGCGUCCUCCGGGAGUGGUACACCCACAACCCUUACCCAUCCCCGCGGGAGAAGAGAGAGCUGGCCGAGGCCACGGGACUCACCACGACGCAGGUCAGCAACUGGUUCAAAAACCGACGGCAGCGAGACCGAGCAGCGGAGGCAAAGGAAAGGGAAAACAACGAGAACUCCAACGGCAAUAGUCACAACCCAUUGACUUCUUCCAUGAAUGGAAAUAAAUCUCUAUUGGGGAGCUCGGACGACGAUAAAACACCUUCGGGGACACCGGAUCACAUGUCUCCGAGCCCGGUUCUGCUGCUGGGCUCAAACACCGGUUUACAGUCCCUGCACGGCCUCGCGCUCCCGCAGGGACCCAGCGCCAUCCCGGUACCCAGCGGUGUAGACUCGGUGCACCAUCACCACUCAUUGCACCACGACACCAUACUGAACCCUAUGUCUUCUAAUCUAGUGGACCUUGGCUCUUAAACACGGCACAGAGAGCACAGCUUUUUCUUUUUUGGGAGAAGUAAUUUACGAGGUGGCGUGAGGCAAGCUUCCAGCACUCGCGGCAAGGUGGAAGGCAGACAGACUGGAACACUGCGAAGACAGCCACCGUAACAAAUCAUGUAUAGUCGCAUAUUCAACCAGUCGUUUUAAACAAGUGGGAGAAAUCUGCCAUUGGGUGCACUUAUCCCCAAAUGAAUCUCCCUCUUGUUUCACCGUCUAGAAACAAGUUUCAAGACAGAGCACUUAAGCAAUGUAAUUAAAACAGCCAUUUGUUGAAGUAUUUUCUCUUUGCUUAAGGGAAAUGUAAUUCAAAAGACUAAUAGAGAUUAUGACUUGUUAAGAUGGAUCAUGUUUGCAGUGCUGAUGCAGACAAAAGGUGAGGCGGGAUAGAUCGUUUUAGGUAAAAAAAAAAGAAAAAAAGAAAAGGAAAAAAAGUAUUUUACCGGAAUGUAAUAACGUAACAUGCUAUAUUGUUGAAAACAAUAAAAUGUCUUAAUUCUUGUUACUAUUACCGUUGUUAUUUUAGGGGUUUCGAUAUAUCAGCAGACUCUGAAGGCACCGUGUUGAAGGUACCCCAUCGCCUUUUUGUUUACAUUACUGGGUUUUCCAAGAGAGCCAUACGCAGUUGUUUGUCUGAAGGGGGGGGGGCAUGAUAUUCUCAAGUGUUUUAUAAGAGCCGUGAUAAGGUGAAAUCUCUUAAUCUCUUGAUACUAUUAUUAUUAUUUUCAUUUGGAAAGAGACUGCAUGUAAACUUUGCGAUACAUGAUGAAACAUAAAACGAUUCACCUAUAGUUUCAUAUACUCUUUACAAUAAAAGAAAAACAAUCCAUGGAUUGAAUAUUGAGGAUUUCUUUGAUUCUGAAUGACUCUUGAUAAUUGUUUUUUUGUUGUUGCAGAAAACCAAUCUGUUGAUAUGGUUUGUCUCUUACUGGUCACCUCGUUAUUUAUUUUCAAAUCAUUCAAGCUGAGUGACAUUUACAUUUUUUUUUUUAAAUAUAUAUAAAUAUUCCCAGAACAGCUGUAACAUAAAUAUUUACACAGUCACAUGGAAUGCAUUUUCAAAUAAUUACUCAAUUACUUCUUUGCACUUUUCAUUUUAAUGUUUGGAUCUAAUUGUAUUUUCGCGAAUAUGACUUUGAUAGAAGAAAUGGACAUUUAUUACAGACACAAACUUUAACUUUGCAUCUAAACGGCCAGUGGGUUUAAAACUGGUUCGCAUGCUUCACUAUUACCUCUGGCCUUUUGAGUGUGUGCUGAACCACCAGUUCCUUAAUAACGUUGGGGAAAUGUAUAAUUAGAUAGAGUUGCCCAAAAAUCAAGAGCUCUUAGCCUUUGACACGUAUGCCUGCUCUAAGAAAGGGGAUAUUGUCCUUUAUAUGCGUGGGCUGUCUGACGCAUGCACUGUCGAUAUAUCCCGGGAUUAUCUUCCAUCUCAUCAUAAAUGCUGCAGUGGAAGUCGUUUCUCCCUAAAAUUAAUUUCCAGGUUUGUGUCCUUUGCUUUUGCAGUUAAAAUAGAAAUUCAAGAACUGGGUCUAAAAAAGAUUUUUAAAAGAAACGCCCAUUACAAUAAACAAAAUAAAAACCAGAAACGCAAUAAUUCAGCUAUUGUGUUUCUCGUUAAAUAGA